UAAGGGUUUUUCUCCCGUUUGUUUCUUCUUCAUUCACAAGUAGACCGUGAGUGUUUCACAAGUUUUACAAUGGCAGGCGCUUUCAUCGAAUCUAAGGGAGGCAAAGCCUAUCCUGGUGGGCUUACACGGAGAGUCUUUUUUACAUGUUUCGUGGCUGCAUUUGGAGGACUAAUUUUUGGUUACGAUCUUGGCAUAUCCGGUGGAGUUACGUCUAUGGAUCCAUUUUUGAAGAAAUUCUUUCCCGAAGUGUAUGAAAAGGAGCACGACAUGAAACCAUCUGACAAUCAGUACUGCAAAUUCGACAGCCAAACUUUGACCUUGUUUACUUCAUCUCUGUAUUUGGCGGCUUUAGUGGCAUCACUUGUUGCAUCUGUGGUGACUCGAGCCUUUGGAAGGCGGCUUACGAUGAUCUUUGGGGGUUUGCUCUUUCUCUUUGGAGCUGGACUCAAUUUCUUCGCUGCACACGUUUGGAUGCUUAUUGUUGGUCGUCUACUACUUGGCUUUGGAAUUGGAUGUGCCAAUCAGUCUGUGCCAAUCUACAUGUCCGAGGUUGCUCCAUACAAUUACAGAGGAGCUCUUAAUAUGAUGUUUCAAUUAGCCAUCACUAUUGGAAUCUUUGCUGCUAAUCUCUUAAACUAUCUUUUUGCCCAAUACAAGGGCGUGGAUGCGUGGCGCUACAGCUUGGGUUGUGCUGCAGUACCUGCGUUGAUGAUAAUCUUUGGUGCAUUCUUUCUUCCAGAGUCACCAAGUUCAUUGAUUGAACGAGGUUUAGAUGAAAAAGCCAAGACAGAGUUGCAGAAGAUUCGAGGAAGCAAAGUCGACGUAGACGAUGAGUUUAAAGAUCUUGUGGCUGCGAGUGAAUCCUCCAAAGCUGUGAAACACCCUUGGGCCUCUUUGCUCAAGAGGCACUACAGACCCCAACUUACAUUUGCCAUAGCUAUCCCUUUCUUCCAACAACUCACUGGCAUGAACGUCAUCACCUUCUACGCUCCUGUUUUGUUUAAAACCAUUGGCUUUGGUGCCACUGCUUCUCUCAUGUCUGCCCUCAUCACUGGGGCUUGCAAUGCAGUUGCCACUCUUGUUUCAAUAUUCACUGUUGACAAAUUUGGGAGACGCACCCUCUUCUUAGAAGGAGGGACACAAAUGUUUCUUUGUCAGGUUUUGAUUACUAGUUUAAUUGGAAUAAAAUUUGGAGUUGAUGGAACACCAGGAGAGUUGCCAAAGUGGUACGCUACUAUAAUUGUGGUGGGCAUAUGUGUGUAUGUGGCAGGAUUUGCAUGGUCUUGGGGUCCUUUAGGGUGGUUGGUGCCAAGUGAGAUUUUCCCACUUGAAGUGCGAUCUGCUUGCCAAAGUAUAAACGUUGCUGUUAACAUGAUCUUCACCUUUGCCAUUGCUCAAAUCUUCACCACGAUGUUGUGUCACAUGAAGUUUGGACUAUUCAUUUUUUUUGCUUGUUUUGUGGUGGGGAUGAGCAUAUUUAUCUACAAGUUUCUACCAGAGACCAAGGGUGUCCCCAUUGAAGAAAUGCAUGUUGUGUGGCAGAAUCACCCCUAUUGGAGAAAGUUUGUUAAACCAACUGACUCCAAACCUCCUAGCGACGAGGUAUAGGAGAAGAACUACAUUCGUGUGUGGUGUGAUCAUUAAUAACACUCGAUUACGUGUCAUAUGGAGAUUAAUUGGACCUAUGUUAAUUUUGUUAA